CUUUCUCGCUUUUCACCUCGCGGUUCAUUCAUAACUAGGCGACUCCGCGUAAAACUCAGUUCUGUUUACUACGAGCGCGCCAUUUAAAGGGAUGUAUCGUUUGAAUGUAUCAUACUGUGUAGUGCUUGGACACUGAGUUUCGCACCGAUGUUUGUACUCGGUGUGGACUUAGUACUGUUUUUGUUUUUUAGUAUCUUUGUUAUUCAUAUACUGCUGCCGGGUCCGCAGUCAUCAUUAUCAUCUUCAUGGAGGCCGUGUGUGGAUUAACUGUGCUGCAAGUGUCGGAUAUGCUGGCCACUCGAAAUGCUGACCAUAUCCUCAUCAUCGACUGCCGAUCGUUCAUGGCCUACAACCAGGGCCGUAUCGUUCAGUCAGUGAACAUUCACUGCCCACCCAUACUGAAGCGACGUUCUGGUGGAUUUAUCGCUUUGGAAAACAUUGUACCCUGCGACUCUAAAAGGGCGGACCUGUUGAAGGGCGCCUACCCCACCGUACUGGUUUACGACGAGUGUACAAUGGAGCUCACACAGGCGCACAGUGACUCCAGCUUAUUAUCUGUGAUCAAAAGUCUACUCAAACAAGUCGGGGAUAUAACUGUCAGAUAUAUUAAAGGUGGCUUCGAGGCCGUGCAAGAAGAGUGUCCCGUUCUGUGCAGGAGGCAAGACACGCCUGUGAUACCUAACUGUCGUGAAAAGUUAUCUCAUAAGGACCGGCGGCGACCCUCACCUCAGACCGAACCUGCCGAGAUACUACCUCACCUGUACCUGGGGGAUGUCUCCCAUUCGUCCCAGAGGCCGCUCCUGGACCAGAUGGGCAUCACCGCGUUACUCAACGUGUCUUCCACGUGUGGGAACCACUUCCAGAGCCACUUCCGGUAUAUGAACGUUCAGGUGAACGACAACAUGGACGCCGAUCUCUUCUCCUGGUUUCCGAAAAUCAUCGAGUUUAUAGAUAAUGUGGCAGCAGAAGAUGGGAAAGUGUUAGUACAUUGUCGGGCAGGGGUGAGUCGAUCAGCGACUGUAUGCAUAGCCUACAUUAUGCAGAAGCGUGGGCUUUCUUUAGACUCUGCCUUUGAGUUUGUCAUGACACGGAGGCCAAUCAUAGACCCUAACCUCAACUUCAUUCAGCAGCUCCAGAGGUUCGAGACCAACUUGAAAUCAAAACACCAGCUCUCCAUUUCGACCACAAGCACCACAUUUUCCUUUCCUCACCAUGCUGACCACCUACUGGCUACCAAUGAUGUUACCUCGUCCGCUUUCAGUUUUUCCAAUGAGGACGUAGGUGAACAUCAUGUGGAUAUGGACACGACGUUCUCCAAAGAGGACAUCCUCUCCCAAGCAGACAUGUACCACCACCACCAGUUCGUCUCACUCCAGCCCAUACCUUCGCCCUCUGCCGGCGUAACUGGCGACCUAAACCUUUCCCCAUCCAGCAUUUCACAAACUGCUGCUUCACCGAGCCCUGUGUGGACGCUGGGGCUCCCUGCCUCCAGGCCAGACUCGCUGCCCUUGCUCCAGAUCAGUACUCCCCUGCCCAGGGCAUCGCUCCUGACCUCCCCAUCUCACAGUGUGCCUUAUCUGUCGCCCUUGCUUGAGAUAUUUCAAGGACCCAGUGAAGCUGCUGAGGCUUUCUCUGGAAACUACACGAACGAACCAAAAACUCCUCUACCCCCACGGUCGUUCUCUUUCUUUGGCAGUGAUACAGCGUCUUGCCCAGUCCCGCUUCCAUUAGACAUUUCUCCUCGUCAGUGUCGGCCAACGACACCUACAGCCUUAGAUGUCAGUUCGGCUCCAUAUCUCAAUUCCGAAGACACUUUUCCUACCGUUGUGGCACAUUCGCCAUUGUCACCCAUAGGUGUUCCACUUUCACCAUUACCCUCAUUUGGAUGACACCAUGGUGCCCUCUUUGACAACUUCUUGUACAACUAUUUAUCUGUACGAUGUGUACACACAUUUUGCAAUAAUAUGUCCAACCAUAUUCACUAUGGACUAAUUUUUCUCAAGUUUCUGACUAAAGAAUCGGACCAGUACCUGGCAGCUGGGAGCAGCACUAGCAUAUAUAUAUAUAUAUUAUAUAUUGCAUUCAUCUAGUUCAUUAGACACACUUAUAAAAGACAAUCACUAGAUUCUAGAUCUAUUUAUUGACCUGUAAGAAUGUAUGCUAAUUGAACUUACGAACACAUUCCAUUAGAGACCUAGGGUAAAUGUCUUUAUUCUCUACGCAGUUUGUUUUAGCAGCAGAUUAAGUUUCACCUAUGAAAUCUAAAUCUUUAUUUAGACUGCGUUAUAAAAAAAUAAAACACAUUUAGAUUGGUUGAAAAAACAAACAAUAUAGAAUAUAAGUAAUAACAAUAAAAAAUAUAUUUAUGUUCUAUCACAGUAAAUAAAAUUAUAUGAUUUGCAUUGCUAUUACACAUUUUCAGUUUUACAAACGUUUUUCUCAGACCAGUUUAUAUAUAUAUUAAUUGGAGAAAAACGGUGGACAAUGUGGACUUAGUUAAUUUAAAAAUAGAUAGUCAACACAAAUUGAUGGAUAAAAUUGUUUGAUUGUUGAAUAAUGUUACUGCAGUUGUUAAACAGAAUUAAUGAAUCAGUGUUUCUCUUUAAGUUCAAAAAUCCCCUUUUUACCAAAAUAUUUUUAUUGCAUGAAUCAGUUCCACACUGAGGAGUUUACAAAUUAGAAAUUCAAGAUAGACUACAUGCUUUAAACAACCACUGCUACCAUUUAGCUCUACUAUUAAGAUCUAAAGAAGACAAAAAAUUAUGGCAUUAUAGUUUGCAUUUCCAAUUUUUAUUCUUUAACAAAGAUAUAGACUAUAUCUUACAAUUAUAGUUAUAGAUACUUAAGCUUCAAUUGCAGCUUUAAAAAGACUAACUUGUAAUUACCAAUUUAUUGAUCAGCAAUAAUGUUGAAUUUUAGUGUACCUUUCUCUCCCCUUUUUUUUUUACUAGAGUGGAUUGUGGUAUCCUUUAUUAUUGUUGUUAUUUAAGGUGUGUUUCCUUAGGAAAUGAUUCAAGCAAAAAAAUCAUCAAGUCUUCCUUACUGGAUAUUUCUGGUUUGAUUUAUGUUUAUACAGAACUGACCAGUCUAGAGAGUCAGUGUCAUCUCUUUUCUCCACCCACUCACCUGCAUCGUUGUUAUCUUGGUUGUUUUCUCAUUCUUUUUAAUCUCUGAUGUACUUGUAACAUAAAUACAUUUCUGUUCAAAUCAAAGCUCCAAAAUUUUAUUAUCAAGAAAUUUUAUUACAAUUUUCUGAGGAAAUUUCAUUUCCAACUGUUUUUCUCCGAAACAUUUUGUUUCAUUAACAAUAAUGUAAUUAUAAAUAACAUAAUCUAUUCCAAAUUAGUUUUUAGGGUUUAUAUUGAUGUGUGUAACAUACAUUUUUAAAAAGCAAAAAUAUGUCUAUAACUAUUUGCCUAAGAAGUAAAGAGAUUUAGAGAUAUUUACUUUCUCAUAUUUCAUGAUGUCAAAGUGUGUGCUUGGCUGUAACAGUAAGGGCCUAUAAAUAAUUAGAUCUUUUAUUAAUCACCAUAUACCACAAGACAUAUAUCUUUGAAACUACUUCUAUUCUUUUAGUGCUUAACAACUGAAAGUGUCAAGCAACAUUUUAGUGGUUAGAAUAGCCUCUAAGUACUGCUAAUGGAGAACAUAAAAGAAAAAAAAAUGUUUAUUUAGGACAAUUAAUUUGUAUUAAGAGCUCAAGACAUUGCAUUAAUUGUCAAAAUAUCAUUUAUAAAUAGAAUCAAAUUUUUUACCUCUGUGGAGAAAGAUUAUAAAAUGAGGUAUAAAAUGUUUUAUUUAAUAUUUUUUUGAAACUCUAGUUCUCAGUUAACAACAAACAAAAAAACAAGAACCUCAAUUAAUGAAACUUCAGGUUUAAAAGAAAAAUAUCAAUUUACAGCUAGCAAAGAAAUUCUAAUUGAGUACUAUAGCACUACAAUAAAAGGUUGAUUUAAUGCACCAUUGCUCUGCUUCCUUAUGAGCUCUUAUGGUAUGAAUACUGGUGGGAUUCAAAUGAGUGUGUAAUUAGUAUAUUCAAUAAUUACUUGAUCAAGUUCAUAAAGAAAAGAAAUUACUUAGUGAAGUUUCAUAUAAAUACUUAAUAAUUCCCUACAGAAUUUGACAUACUGUAUAAAUAAUAAUACUAAAGGAUUUGAAAGAACUGAAGAUUUCAUUAUCACUUUCUAAAAAAUUAUACUGAUGUCUAAAUUAUAAGUUUAAAAAAUGUUCAGAAGUGCACAUUUUUAAAUUAUAAACCUUCUUAAUUUCAUAAUUUUAAAAGAAAAAAGUAACAUACAGAAAGAAUUGAAAUGUGUCCUAUGAUUUGCAAAAUAGAAGGGAAGUAUAGACAUGCUCUAUAAUGCAACUCAAUUGACCAUUAGUGAUAAGUUAUAUGAAUGUGGGUGUCACUGCAGUAUUGUGCCUUCAAAACAUUUGUAAUUGUUUUGUUAUUUUGUAAUAAUUUUAUAUAAUCUAAAUUUGUUCAGCAUUUUAAUUAUCUAUCAACAUUGAAUUAGCUUGUGCAAUUCAAACUGUUUCCAUUGUGACGAUGCAAAGCUGAAGCAUGUUUGUUAAUGUUUAUCUUUAUCAAUCUUGAUUUAUACAUUGUAUAUGGCUGAGUGGGCCAGUGUAUAAAAUAUUUGUAGAGUUUGCUGUUUUCAAUUCAGCAAACAGUUGUUCAAUAUAUCUGUCCCCCUUUACUGUUAAAUAGUGAUACUUAACCUAUUGACUAUUAAUUUUGUACAAAGUUGUAAAUAAUGUUACUGUAUAAUGUAUUUAUUGACUGAGACUGUCACUCCAUCAACAUUGUGGGACAAGUCUGUUUGAUUGCAAUGUGCAGCUUGGAGUCUAAGAGAGAAGUCCAAUGGGAAGUAGAAAAGGGGAGAUGAAGGACUAGUUUAUAUUUAUACAAAUUUUUUUUUUUUUGCAGUGUAUUACCAUAGUUGUUGCUGUAAAUAUUUAAAAUUGUUCCUACUAAAUAAAAUAGUAUAUAUAGUAUAAGAAAACACUGCAUAAUGUUCUCCAUUGUAGACUGUCCUACAUUUUAAUAUAUUCAUCAUCUGGACCAUGAACAAACAUUCUACAUGUAUGACUAUCACAAAAAAGCUUCUUUUAAAGCUGAGUAGAUGUUUGUUUUAAACAAUAUAAGCAAUUCUUUGACUGUUAUGUGAUAUGACUCUGACUGUCCUCAAACUAUGUAUUUAGUGUACACUCUCAGGGACUCAUUUUUUUAGUAUGCAUUGUUUGUGUGCUUGUAUUUAUUGACUCGAUACAUACAUGCCUUUAAUAAUGUUUGGGGAACAUUUUUAAAAUACAGGUGUUAAAAACAGUUUUAAAAAUAUGUAACAUUUGUCAGCAUAAAAUUUGUCUCUGUAUUUUUAUGAACAUUAUUACUAAAUAAAAAUUAGAAUACAAGAAAAUACUUUUUUUAAAGACUAUUUUGAAUAACAUGUUGGGGGGGGGGUUAAAAAAUGAAAUCAAAAUACUAAAAAGAUAAAUAAGAGGUUUCUUUAUUAAUUAUCUUUUUUUUUUUUAAUGUUCUCUAUAAGUAGUUCUGCAUUUUAGUGUUUAUAAGUCAAAGCAUACUUCUUGAAUGUUGCAGCUACUUGUUUCCUAUUCCAUGUAUCUUUUUAUCAGUCCGACAUAUUGUGAGUUUUGGAGGCCAGAAAGUAUGUGUUCACUAAAUGAAUGAAUCAAACCUGUUUAUGAUUUGUGGUUGAUAUCCAAUUUGUUUUUCAUAUUUGAAGUUUACUGAAUGAGAAAUAAAUCAUGAAAUACCUUGAAAUUAUCAUGAGAA